AUGCUAAGCUACGCUAACGGUGUUGUGUGCCCAGGCUUCCUGGCCUACGCGGCCGCCGUGCUGCUGCUCUGCGGCGUGCUGGUCGUCUUCUUCUCGCCUCGCGUCGGCCGCUCCAACAUCUUCGUCUACGUGGGGAUCUGCUCGCUGCUGGGCGCCUUCACCGUGUCCUCCGUGAAGGGCCUCGCCAUCGCCGCCCACACCGUGGUUCGUGACCUCUCGGUGCUCGCCAGCCCGCUCACCUGGAUCCUGCUGGUCACGCUCAUCGUCUCCAUAGUGACGCAGGUGAACUACCUGAACAAGUCUCUGGACUGCUUCAACACCCUGCUGGUCUACCCCGUGUACUACGUCCUCUUCACCUCCGUGGUCCUGUCCACCUCCGUGGUCCUCUUCCAGGAGUGGAGGCGCAUGGCGGCCGUGGACGUGGUCACCACGCUGGGCGCCUUCCUGGUCAUCGUGGUGGGCGUGGCCAUGCUGCACCUGUUCAAGGAGAUGCAGAUGACGUUGGUGCAGCUGACCAAUCAGCUGUCUCAGCCGGUGGAGAGGGCGGGGCUUCCACAGGAGGUGUCAGCCAAUGGAGGAGCAGCAGCAGGAGGUGGAAGCAACAAUAAAAAGGAGGAUAAAUACGGACUGAUGGACAACAUGGUGCUAGAGAGUCUUCCUCCCAUGAGAGAGGAGGGGCCCAGGGUCUUCAUCAUCAGCUGAGGAAGACCAGGGGCUUCCUGUCUGGACCUGUAGUCCAGACCGUGGGUUGUAGUCCUGUUCGUCUAAAGACACAAACAACUACGACAAAUACACAAACAACUACUACAAACACACAAACAACUACUACAAACAACUACUACAAACACACAAACAACUACGACAAACUACUACAAACACACAAACAACUACUACAAACACACAAACAAACAACUACUACAAACACACAAACAACUACGACAAACAACUACUACAAACACACAAACAACUACUACAAACACACAAACACACAAACAACUACUACAAACACACAAACAACUACGACAAACAACUACUACAAACACACAAACAACUACGACAAACACACACACAAACAACUACUACAAACACACAAACAACUACUAGAGGAAGUGUACAGGAAGUGUAGAGGAAAUGUACACAGUGAAGAGGAAGUGUAGCGGAAGUGUACUCAGUGUAGAGGAAGUGUACACAGUGAAGAGGAAGUGUACACAGUGAAGAGGAAGUGUAGAGGAAGUGUACACAGUGUAGAGGAAGUGUACACAGUGAAGAGGAAUUGUAGAGGAAGUGUACACAGUGAAGAGGAAGUGUACACAGAGAUCAAUACACUUCCCUUCCCAUUGGCAACUUUAAUAAUCAGCUGCUAAAGAAGAGUUUGUUUAACAAACAUUUUGUGAAUGGUGUGUUGUUGUUGUUGUUGUUGUUGACGGAUGAAAGAACAACAGCAGGGCGGUGUGACGGCUCCCUGGACGUCCUCUGGGCCUGGAGGAAGCAGCUGCUUCCGGAGCUCCUCCUCCUCAUGGAGCUGAACACCGCCCACUUAAAGGGAAACACACGUCUCCCUGCUGGUGGUGUUUCUCCCUGAGCCGUGAGCUCUGGUCUCUCUCGAGGAGCCUUCACACCGUGUUCAGCCUCAGGCUCCAUCUCACCAGACGCGCCUCAGAAACGCGUCGCCCGCUCAACCUUUGAUCCCCUCUGGCGCCUUUCAGACGCGUCUUCUAAACGCCACGCGGCGGGUUUCUUGCGCUUAAAAGCUAAAAUAUUCUCAACUUUAGACGCGAGGCGCGGAGGAGCGCCGCUCGUCAACGACACACUCGGCCAAGGCAGCCAAUGGGAUCAAGCAGGAGGCCCAAGGCAGCCAAUGGGAUCAGGCAGGAGGCCCAAGGCAGCCAAUGGGAUCAGGCAGGAGGCUUUCCUUCCUGUCCCCCGAGGAGAACUUCAUCUUGUAUAUUAUAUUCACGGUAUUUAAUGACGAGGAUCUUUAUCAUCCUGAAUCUACUCUCAAACUCACUCGUGCUCAGGAAGGGAGCUGAAGCCAUGAGACACAACUCAUGGAGGAGAUGCUGGUGUUCGCCGAACUCUUAUCAUUCUUCUUUUUUUUAAAUAUCUUGAACCCAAAAGCAACGGUUGGUUGCGCGCGCAGGUCCGCUCCACAGCGCCGCGCUGUUUGGCCCGGCACGUUUUUGACAAGACGUCUUUGGUGCGGCUGCGAUUAUAGAGGCGCACGCGUCUGUACGUUGACUUUUCAUGGGAUUCGGUCGCGCGAAAAAAUAGUUUCGCUUUUGGUGUGAACGCACCUUUAGACUUGUGUUGAACCUGCACAUAUUUAUUAUAUCAGGUGUACAACCUUGGUGCCAUGAAAAGAGAUCCAAGUGAGACCUCGCUGUGACUGAAGGGAGUCUUCUGCCAUAUAUACGUGUGUGUGUGUAUAUAUAUAUAUAUAUAUGUGUGUGUGUGUAUAUAUAUAUAUAUAUAUACGUGUGUGUGUGUAUAUAGAGAGAGAUAGUUUCAUUUGUUUAGUUCAAACUUUUAUUUUUAAUGUAAUCAUUUCAUUUCAAUAACAUUAUGUAAUUAUUCAUUUCCUUAAAGAACAUGAUGUCUUAAUCAUUUCAUUAAAGAACAUGAUGUCUUAAUCAUUUCAUUAAAGAACAUGAUGUCUUAAUCAUUUCAUUAAAUAACAUGUCUUAAUCAUUUCAUUAAAGAA